AUGGAACAAUACAAUAUCCCUGACCAGAAAAUUGUUGGUUUCGGUUCAGACGGCGCAUUCGUGAUGGCAGGAGAAAUGGGGGGAGUUAGUGCUCUGCUAAGGAAGGACAAUCCCUUUUGCAUUUUUGUCCACUGUGUUUGUCAACGAUUGCACCUGGCAGUCUUGCAAGCAUGCAAGAACAACCAGCAUAUGGCGACGCUACAAGAAAUUCUAAGUGGAAUAUACAACUACGUCCAAGGUUCCACAAAUCGUCUGCAACAGUUCGAGGACAUUGCCACUUUGUUGGAGGUAGACAGUCUGAAGUUUAAGAAGAAAUUUAAUAUUCGCUGGCUGUCUAUGGGAGAAUGUGUUUCGGCUGUAGUACGCAACUACAAAGCAUUAUUAGUGCAUUUAAGUCAGGAUGCAGGGUCAGGUAACCCUGUUGCCAUUGGAUUAGAUCAACAGCUGCGGAAGUAUAAAUUUGUUGCACUCUUGUAUCUCUCAGCUGACAUCCUCGCUGCUACCAAUCAUCUCAGUAAGUUAUUCCAGUAUCGGGACGUAACAUUUUCAGCGGUGCGAUCUUCGGUGGAAGACUGCAUGAGUAUUCUUCGAGGCUUCUUGUGA